GCAUUUGCAGCUGCAUCUGGUCUCUGGCGAGCUAAGUGCAUGCAACUGGUCGACAAGACCCGUAACUUGCAUAGAACCUUUUAUCCUUUCGUGACCCUACACGAACGUUUCAUGGCUCAGCAGCAUUCGUUAAACCUUUUUACCGAGAGGAAUUUAUAGCGCUAAUAAAAAGGAAUUUAUAGCGAACGGGCGCUGCAACAUCGGGUGCCAAAAACUUGCAUCGGUCGCGGACGCCGCCCAGGCCACCCAUUUGAAGCGCGCGCUGAAGGAAGCCACGAGAGACGGCGAGACGCCGACGCGAGCGACACGAGCCCCCCUCCCUUUCUUUGUUCGUUUCGUCCAAAAGAGUCAAGAGCGGCGAGGGGAGAAAACGAGUUUUCUCAGACCCCCGAGGGACUGAGCGAGCGAGAGCCGCACGCAUGGCAGCGCAGGAGGCGCUUCGGUGGCGGUACGGCGACGUGGACGACGGCAACUUCGAGGUGCGCGGCCGCGGCGUGCCGGCGGUCCUCGUGGCGCUCUUCGGCGUCCUCGUCUGCUUCGUCGCCGUCUGCCUCUACCUCCGAUGGACGUGCCACCGCUACAACGACCGCCGCCUCAUCGCCGCGGCGAGGGCGACGGCGCCGCCCUGGUACUCCUCCGCGGCGACGCUGGCCGCCGGGGCCACCACCGCCUGUUUCCCAGAGGCGGCGGGCCUCGACGACGCCGCGAUCGCGGGCCUGGCCGUGACGCUGUACCGGCCUGGCGCCGUCGGCGCGGGUGCGUGUGCGGCGGACGACGGCGCGGCGCGGCAGCAGUGCUGCUCCAUCUGCCUCGGCGAGUUCCAGGAGGGCGACAAGGUGAAGGCGCUGCCGCGGUGCGGGCACGGGUUCCACCCGGAAUGCGUGGACGCGUGGCUGCGGGCGCGCCCGAGCUGUCCCUUGUGCCGGGACACGCUUCUCGCCGCCGCCGUAGCCACCAAACCAGACGCCGCCGUCGGAAGCGAAGCUGUCUGAUCAUUCGUUCCAUCACGGGCGCGGCGCAGCGCGGCGGCCGUGCGCGGAGCAGGAUGGAUGCCCCCCGUGGCCCUAUGCCGACACCCGCCAUUGGACUCGGUGUCGGAGAGCCGUCGAGACCGCGGGCAUUUGUCGUUUUCUUUCAAUUGUUCGCACAGCGCUGUAAAAUCUUUGCGAUGUGGCAUUGUGGCGGUUUCUUCGCCCACUC